AUGCCUUCAGACAACAACAUCCUCGGCCUUCGCGCCCAGAUCCUUGACAACUUUGCCGUCACUAUGCCCACCGAACUCAAGCCCAAGAUCGUUAUGGCUCACAACGACAAUGCUUGGUGGGUCAUCAUCUACGGCAAUGAUGACAAGCCCAUCUGGAAGACCAACAAGGGCACCGAUACCCCUGAGCUGGCUUUACGCAAGAUGCUGCAGUCUUCGAGCGAUCUAGUGUUUGGAAAGUUCAAGAGUGGUGGAUUUGCUCUGGAGGGCUAA